GGGCGGGGGGGGGACUUCCGGGGCGGGGCGGUGCCGGCUCAAAAGCGCCCGGAUGCGGCACCGGCUCGGAACUUUCCAGAAAAGUCGGGAUCGGCGCUGGGCGAGCAGCCGCCGUGGGGUGCGGGACCGCCCGGUGCUCAGCGGCCGCCCUCCGCCAUGGUGAAGGAGACUACUUACUACGAUGUGCUGGGCGUGAAGCCCAGUGCCUCCGCCGAGGAGCUGAAGAAGGCCUACCGAAAGCUGGCGCUGAAGUACCACCCUGACAAAAACCCCAAUGAGGGCGAGAAGUUCAAACAGAUUUCCCAAGCUUACGAAGUCCUCUCCGACCCGAAGAAGAGAGACCUGUAUGAUAAAGGAGGCGAGCAGGCCAUCAAAGAGGGUGGCUCUGGUGGUGGCUUCGGGUCACCCAUGGACAUAUUCGAUAUGUUCUUUGGCGGCGGAGGGAGGAUGCAGAGGGAGAGGAGAGGCAAAAAUGUGGUCCAUCAGCUGUCGGUCAGUUUAGAAGAUAUGUACAACGGUGCAACCAGGAAACUUGCACUGCAGAAGAAUGUUAUCUGUGACAAAUGUGAAGGUCGUGGUGGCAAGAAAGGUGCGGUAGAAUGCUGUCCUAACUGUAGAGGAACAGGCAUGCAGAUCAGAAUUCACCAGAUUGGGCCAGGAAUGGUGCAACAAAUCCAGUCUGUGUGUAUGGAGUGUCAGGGGCAUGGAGAGCGCAUCAGCCCCAAGGACCGCUGUAAGAGCUGCACUGGCAGAAAAAUUAUUAGGGAGAAGAAGAUCUUAGAAGUUCACAUUGACAAAGGAAUGAAGGAUGGUCAGAAAAUAACAUUCCAUGGUGAAGGCGACCAAGAGCCAGGACUAGAGCCAGGGGACAUUAUUAUUGUCUUGGAUCAAAAAGACCACUCUGUAUUUACAAGGCGAGAUGAAGACCUUCUUAUGUCUAUGGAUAUUCAACUGGUUGAAGCACUAUGUGGCUUUCAAAAACCUAUCACAACGCUGGAUAAUAGAACUAUUAUUAUUACUUCCCAUCCUGGCCAAGUUGUCAAGCAUGGGGCUAUUAAGUGUGUGUUGAAUGAAGGUAUGCCAAUUUAUCGCAGACCAUAUGAAAAAGGACGUCUGAUCAUAGAAUUCAGGGUGAACUUCCCAGAGAGUGGCUUCCUCUCCUCAGACAAGCUGUCUUUACUUGAAAAACUGCUACCUAUGAGGCAGGAAAUAGAAGAAACUGAGGAAAUGGAACAAGUGGAUUUAGUGGACUUCGAUCCAUCUCAAAAAAGAAGACACCACUAUAAUGGGGAAGUCUAUGAAGAUGAUGAGCAUCACCCUAGAGGUGGUGUUCAAUGCCAGACAUCAUAAAUGGGCCAGUGAAUUAACUUGUGAUGCUUGUUUUGUACGCAUUAGGGGAUAAGUGAAGGACUACAAGCUGUUCACCCUCAAUUCCUGCUAUCUGUUGUUCUACCCAGCCAUAGUUGUUUCUAAAAGCAUAAGGAAAUAAACUAAGUAAUUAAAGUGACUUUGCAAUUUGUAUAAAGCUCCAGGAUGCAAGCUCAAAUGAAGUUAAUUGCACUUCACCACUCAUACUUGGGCAAGAAAACUUCCUUGCUUGUCUUUUAUUCUAAGGUUUUCAAUUCCUGUAUGUGUGCAAUUAAUUGCCCAGGCUUAAACUAAGAUUCGGUGGUGGUGUUUUUAGGAAUUUUAGAUCUUAUACUCUGUUAAUAAAGUAUGCACAAGUACUUACAAUCCAUGGUAAGAUAUAGUUAAGUUUUGUACCACUUAGGAUAAUAUGUUAAUGUUUUGGGCUUGUACUGGUGUUAGUUAAAUAGGGACUGGCUCUUGUGCAAUCACAUGAUAUGUGAAGCUGGCAAGGAUGUGGUCAGCCUUCACAGGCCAAUUAAAAUCAUGCGAUCCACAAGCUCUCUGAAGCUGCUGCUCUUACGGUCAGACAGUCCCUGCCUCUGCCAGCUUUGGUCCUGAUCCUGGAGCUAGAUGUGAAGCUUUCUGCAGUUCAUUGCUGACUAGUCUUAGGCUGCUGUCCUGCACUGUACUGUGUAUAGAGCCAGUGGUUGCUUGGCUGCUGCAGGCGCUUCCUUCACUGCUGUGCAUGAGUAAAAACCUCCAGGCUUUAUCAGCACACAUGUGGUUUGGAACCUGUCAGCCUGCUGGCAUGUGAAGCCUGACUUCCACCUUGGUUACUGACACUGGGUACCACUCAGUGGUGUGUCAUGGAAAGCGGUACCAGCCCCAUUGGUGGGCAUAUGUGAUCCUGCAGAGGAGAGAAACUUGCUGUCAGUGAACACAACCAACUGACAUUCUGAAGUUCAUGUAUUGUGUGCAUUAUUUUAAGCUGACUCUUGAAAAAUAAUGUAUGAAUGUUCUAAUUACUGUAGAUGAAGUAUUUCCAAUAUAAUUACAAAAUUGUUCAUUGCCUCUUUUCUUAGACCAGAUGUUGGUUUAAAGACACCACCCCCUGCUUUUUAGACAGCUAUUCACAGAAAAAUCUUGGCAAAAAACUUCUUUCAGGAAAUACGCUGAGAAGACAGGUCCAGAUUUAACCUCUGGUGUGGUAGUUUAGUCUUGUUCUACCAUCUGGCUUGGGACAGAGCUUAUGGUUUUCGUACUGCUCUGAAGCAAAAGUGUCAUGAAGAGAACUCUGGUUUAGUUUUUUUUUUUGUACAUGACAGUGCACAUGUUACUUGAAUACCUGGAAACUGUUAGUCUAUAAAAAAUCUCUAGCUCUUGUGUUACGGGUUUCAGUUUAUAAGGACAGCUGGUACUGUGUUUUUUUACCUUGAACAUCGUUCCCUUUCAGGUACCUACAGAAUAGUGAUCCCCUGCAUGUUUCCCCUUUUUGCUUUCUUUGUCUCAGCAGGAAUAAAAUUCUGUAAGCAAAA